UCUAACCCAGAAUGUUUCAGGUUGAAAUGAAUAUGAUGACGUCCAAUUUUACAUGUGAACCAACGUCUCUGAGAUGAAAGGCCCUGAUGCAAAAGAUAAAACCUCUGAUGAGAGAAACACUGGAAGAUUCUUUAAGUCUUAGUAAAGUUUAAGAACUGUUACAUCAAAGUAAAUUAGGCUAAACGUCGAUAAUUUAAGUUGCGUUAAAUAUGCUAAGCUAGUUGUAAACCAGCUGAGACUGGCUAAAAUAAACCAACAAAGAUCCUGCGUUCAGAUAAACUGAGAUAAAAUAUGAGUUGCAGCUUUUUUAUCAAGUAAAGCUCUGAGAGUAAAUCUCAAGAGUUUAAGAAAGAGAUAAAUUUUAAUAUACAUUAACCAAAGCAAAGGCAAUCUAAGAUAAAUAAGGGUAGGCUGAAAAAAAGGUAAACAAAAGACAGCAAACUGAAACUGAACACAAGCUAAUAUUAGCUACAACAUGAGUCAGGGUUAGCUAGCUGAAAUAAAUCAGAGCACGCCGACAUAAACAUGAGCUUAGCUGAACUAAACCAACAAUAAAUCUGAACUAAACCUCACUCAGCUAAAAACUGUAGCCUAAAACACGUUCAGCUAAAUCAGCUACAUGAAACUAAGGAAGUCAGAAUAAUGUGAGCUCCAGUUCGCUGAGACUUUAAUCACCUCGUUGGCGCUAAAAGCAUUUAUUCUACCUUCACUUCAGUUUAUUUAAGAACAGCUAAUGUCGUCUGAAGCAUUCAGAAAGCAGACAGAUCCUGUUCGUAGCCCCCAGCGGUGAGGCCUUCAGCCAGCCUGAGGUUCAUUCUUUAUAUUCCAGUUCAGUGGUUGAAAUGUGGUCAUUUCAGUUUACUGCAUUAACUGAUGAAUGUUUUCUAUGUGAAGAAACCCAGCAGGCUGUGCACCAAUCCCUCAUCCUGCUCUGUCCUCUCUGGUUCUGAUAAAUCCAGUUCAGACUUCGUUUGAAGGAAUCGGUCCAGACGCGCCGUCUGUCCUCCCAGAGACGAUGAAUAUCAGUAACUCCACCGAUUGUGAACCAGUUCACAAAUCGGCCAACACCUUCUUCAUGGUGGGUUUGGUCCUGAACGGAUUCACGCUGCGGGUUUAUUUCUGCGUGUCGCAGCACCAGGCGUACAGCAGCGUCACCGUCUUCCUGAAGAACCUGGCGGCCUCCGACUUCCUCAUCAGCCUCUGCCUCCCGCUGCGCAUCAUAAACUUCGCCACCAACUCCACCAUCAUCCGACAGGUCUACUGCAACUUCGGCGCCUCCGCCUUUUACCUCAACAUGUACGCCAGCAUCCUGUUCAUGGGCUACAUCGCCGCCAACAGGUACAUGAAGAUCGUCCAUCCUUUGGGAAAUCAUUUCAUCCACAAGCCCCGAGCCGCCUACAUCAUCUCCAUGUUGACGUGGGGGAUCCUCCUGACGAUGACCAGCUCCUACGUGAUCCUCUCCCUCCUCACCCAGAAGCAUCGGGAGAAUCUGCCCGGGAUGGUCAGCUGUGACAUCCUGCACAGCAAACAGCUCAGCCUGCUCUACAAGGUCAUCCACGCCUGCUCCGCCGCCAUCUUCGUGGCCGUCCUCAUCAGCCUCAUCUGGUUCUACUACAGCACCUCCCGCAGGCUGGCGCAGGCGCAGGAGAAUCAGUCGAUUUCCAGCAACUCCAAGAAGCUCGCCAAGUCCCGGCGGAACAUGCUGGUUCUGGUCACGGUCUUCUGCAUCUGCUUUGUGCCCUACCACCUGAUUCGCCUUCCCUACGCCUUCAUGAAGACGCUGGUCUGCUCCUGGAAAGGGUGGUUCUUCUACCUGAAGGAGCUGACCGUCCUGGUGUCGGUCCUCAACGUCUGCUUAGACCCUCUCCUCUACUUCAUCUUCUGCAAGGCGUUCCGGGCCCAGAUGAGCAUGAGGCGGGUCUUCAACGACACGGACACUCCGACGGAGGCGGACACCAACUACAGGCGGAGCAGCGACGGAUGGACGAACUCCCUCAGGAACCUCAGGAAGUCGUCAGCCGUCUCGUUAACCAAGCAAACCAGCGUGGUGUAGACUUCACACGCUCCUGAACCGAUCUUUUACAAAUGUCAGAAAAUCCAGAUUGGGAGAUCAAGAAAACUUUGUAAAUCCAUCUUAGAGGAGUUAUUGGAGGAACCGACUCACCAAAAGAUCCUGAACUGGACACCAGUGGAGAGAAGUUGUUGAUCUUCACCUUUAACAGUUUAACUUAAACGUCCUCUUAUGAACAGGAAGAACACAGAGGUGUACUCAAACCAUAUCCAGUUUCAUAAGUUGCAUCAUAUAAUCUCAGAAGCAUCAAGGUCGACACAUUUUUGGGACUUUAUUCAGUUAUUUGACUGAAAUUGACAGUAGAGUCAUCCGGACCGUUUGGUUCAUCUUCCUUAGUGUUGACCAAUGAUUUUCAAGGUUUUACGAACAUCUCCCAGAAUCUCCAUAAAGCUUCAGUUUUUUCACUCGUGCUUCAGGAGGUUCAGGUCCAAAUGAAGCGAGUCUGAAAGUCAGUCCAUUAGAGGUCCAUGUUUCCAUCACCGUUUCAUUUCUGCACAUUUUUAAGCAUCACAGCAGAAAAGGAACCCUCAGUUUCCCAACAUCAUUUUUACGCUAGCUUGAUGUGGUUUCUGAGUUAAUGUGCUAGAGGGGAGAUGGAAACACAUUUGCAGAAUAAAGUUUAAUCUUCCCAUCCACUGGUCUGGUGUGCCUUACCAGAAACACAAAACUCAGGUAUUUUUCAAAGUCCAAGCCUCCAGCUUGGAGGGGAAGACUCUCCAUUUAUCUGAGAUGUGUGCUCCAUGUUAGCUAGCAACCCCUACUUCCUGUUUAUGACGGCCAGUAAGUGUCUGAUGAAAUCACACUCUGACUAAUUCACUCCAAACCAGACGAUGGAGACGCUUAUUUCACAUCUUUCUUUUCUUUUUUGCAACAUUUUAAAAGUUUGCUUAAAAUUCACAUCACAACUGGAUGGAGAUACGUUAGCAUUAGCGCCGUUAGCAGCUCAGAUAGCGGCUGUGAAAAGGCCAAGGUGUGUCUUUAAAUGGAAAGAACGAAGGGAUCCUUGAUCAAAGGUUCUACAAUGUGAACAGAGGCCAGUGAAUGCCACAUGCAGGCUAGUUAGCUUAGCUUCAAGUUGAUGUGACUCGUGCAGAAACACAACAGCUGAGCCAAAGAGAAAAGCUGUUGAUUUACCGGUCCGUCUACGUCCUGACCCUCAGUGACGGGCUAGUGGUUGACUUUGCAUGGACGUGUGGGAAUCCGCUGCUUCUCCACUAAAGAAACAGUUUCUCAUAACAAGCUCAUCAUCUGCACUGCGGGUUUCAUCAAACAUCUCUUUGGGAAUCACUUCGUUACAGUGAAGCUCAUCGUUUUUCUGAGGCUCUGCUGAGGAAGGGAACCAAAAAAUGCCUUUCUGAUGAAAGUCCUGAACAGGAACUGGACCAGAACUUCAAGAAACACCUCCAGACGUGGUUCGGUUUAGUUCCUGCAGUUAGUUUCAGUUCCUGAGAAGAAGCUCCAGUUGUAGACGUAACACUUCAAACCUCCUCAUCUCUUAAAUAAUCUCCCAAUAAUCACCUAAUAAUCCCGUUUUCCAGAGUUUUAGUUGCACUGGUUCCUUUAAAUGUGAGGAGUUGUUGAUAACGAGUCAAAGUUCACGUCUGAUUGGUCGACUAAACGUAGUUCUUGAAAAAAGCAUUUAUACUCUUAUUGUUUUCUUCUGCUCUUGCAUUAAGUAAAUGUCAGAUUAUCAGAUUAUUGUUAAUCUCAAGUAAAGACGACCUGAGGAAACAGAAAAAGCUUUUUCAAACUUUAAUUUCUGUAAUUAAUUUCUGGAAAUAUUCAUAUCCGUGUGCAAUAUGUUAUAUUUAUCUAUACUUGGUCUGUUCAUCAGGAAUACUUUGAUUGGAUUUAAUUCAAGUCUUUACAACGUUUUUGUGUUUUCAUCAAUUAAUUGUUAAUAAAAACUUAAAGUUUUAUCACAUUCUGGAA